CUACAAGGGUAGGUCAUGAUUUUUAAUCCCGUUGAGCUGGGAAUUUUCCACGUAAAAUUCCUCUUGUCAUUUACCUACUGCAGUGUGCGUGGUUUCUGUGCGAACUUAUAUCUGUGGGAACUUAUAGAGAACCUGGUUCUCUAUAGAGUUUGGUGGACCCUCAAAUUCUACCAGUCGGGCUACCAAAGUGUUGUUCUCGAGCAUAGACGAGGACAAGGAUCGAGGCUAGAUGGGCCGGUUCGUUUGAGUGAGGACUUCCGACCUAAUCCCAGCCGAUAAGAUGCCAUUUCCUGAGAAAUGGAACAUGAAUCCGGUCGCUUGGAUGCCCCGUGCGAUUCCCGACCUCGAGAGCUGGGUUCGGAACCUGGCCUUGACCUCUACAUACGCCGAGCGCUCAUGGAGCGAUUUAACAAAGGACAGAUGGGAGGCCAAGAAUCAUGCCUGGGCAAAGAUGCGGUCAUGAGGCCCCCGUCUGGUGAGGCGGAGACUUCGACCCCAGUUCCGAAGCCGGCGAAGGACAAGAAGAGGAAUAGGACCUCAACCUCCGAGGAUCCAAAGCCUGAGAAGAAUCUGGUUCGUAAGCCGAAGAAAGACAUUGUUGCCCUGCCUGCGGAUGUGAUUCAACGGCUAAGGGAGGAAGAAGAAGAUGAUGAAGACGAUGGCUCGGAACUGGUGGCCCGAGUGAAGAAAACCAUCAAGGCCCCAAAGGCCGCUGAGUCGGUGGUGGUUGAGGUGAUUCUGCCUCGAUCCGAGGGGGUCUUGGAAAAGGACUCGGGCAAAGUCCCCGAGUCAUCGAAGAUCGAAGAUGCCUCCCGCUGAGAUGAGCAAAAGGCGGGUAUGUUUGAAGGGGCCGGCUACGAGGGCAUUCAUAGCGAGGUGAACGCCCCAAGUGGCUCACUUGGGGAAAUAGAUAUUGGAGACUCGCCGAUUCUCCCUGCAUUUUCCGAUGAGGAAAUUCGUGAGGUCCAAGCUACGAGGACUCCCGAAAUAGAUGGGGCCCAUGGAGGGGAGGACCCCUUACGUGGUUAAUUUAUCAGGGUCGAGGAUUGUACCGACCUGAGUGAAGUAUCGAGUCUCCUCGAUAAGGCUCAACAAGCCUUGAAUCGGGUGAGUCUCAACUCCCUUUGUUGAUAUCAUACUUAGUUUAUUUCUUCUCUUCCUGUCUAAUUUUCUUUCUUUUUUCCGUAUAGGCUUUGGCGCUCUAUCAGGAGAGGUUUUCAAAGUCCCGAGCAGAGUUGAGCCGAUGCGAGGCCGAUGUAACACCCCGGAAAAUUUUUGAAGUAUUUAAGUGUAAAGCCCCGUAAUUUUCGCAAAUGAAUUCAAGGUUUCAUGGUGCCGGAGUAGGCUUACGUGUUUGAGGAUGGUAUAAGAUCUUCGCGGCUAGCAAACUCGCCGCGGUUCGGACUUUUUAGGUUGAACAAUGCACCGGAAAGUAAAAGAAAUUUGUUUGCGGAAAAACGUGUUUAUGCGGCCGCAUAAUCACUAUACGGACCGCAUAAUGGCCGCAGAGUGAAGCAGUAAGUUUGGCCAACUUGAGUUCCGUUUUGCGGUCGAUUAUGCGACCGCAUAAUCGAUAUACGGAUCGUAUAUCUGUCUUAUAAUCCCUCUUGGGUUUUUGCGGAGGGAGUUCUGCGGUGCAUUAUGCGACCGUAGAACGAGUAUGCGGACCGCAUACUGGUCGCAUACCUGGGCCGAACGUUCAGGCCCCUGAGGUCCAUUUCUGCUGUCACUUUGCGGACCGCAUAACCAUUAUGCGGUCACAUAUGCGACCGCAGACCUGUGUCGGGACACC